AUGGCCGACUCAAAGACUCUCGCGCAGGCUGCUGCACCUGCUCCCGUCGCCGAAACGCCCUCCACUCAAGCCGCUGAAGGUCCGGAUCUUCACCUCGACGAUGUAACCGGAGAGCGUGUUUCCAAGACCGAGCUCAAGCGCAGGCAGAAGCAACGCCAGAGGGAUGAGAAGAAGCAGCAAAAAGCCGCCGAAGUUGCGGCUACGGCUCCUAAGAAGACUGUCGGUCCUGUGCCCGUUGUCGAGAAGGACCUCGACCCUCGCGAGUACUACAAAAUCCGCUGCCGGCAAAUCGAAGGACUUCUCAAGACGAAUGACCCGAACCCGUACCCGCACAAGUUCCUCGUGGAUUACGACGCACACAACUUUGCCAACGAGUACAGCCAUCUCAAGUCGGGUGAAGUUGAUAAGUCGCGUGAAAUUCGUCUAGCCGGCCGCAUAUUCACAACGCGCCGUGCAGGCAACAAGCUGAUCUUUUAUGAUAUUCGCACCGGUGCCGACACCAAGACAGUUGGAACACGGAUCCAGGUUAUGUGCCAGGCACAGUACGUCAAGGAGGGCGGCGUUCCCUUUGACAAGCAACACGUCAACUUGGCUCGCGGCGAUGUUAUUGGCAUUGUCGGCUGGCCUGGUCGAACCUCCCCCAAGAGCCGCCUCGACAAGGGCGAGGAGGGCGAGUUGUCCGUUUUUGCCUCCGAGGUAGUGCUCCUGUCGCCUUCUUUGCACAUGCUUCCCACCGAAUACUAUGGUUUCAAGGAUUAUGAGCAACGUUUCCGGUCUCGCUACCUGGACCUACUGUUCAACGACUCAUCGCGCCAAAUUCUCUGGACGCGCAGCAAGAUGAUCAAGUACAUCCGUGACUUUUUUGACUCACGCGAGUUCAUCGAGGUGGAAACUCCAACACUUGCCAGUAUCGCAGGUGGUGCUACUGCACUUCCUUUUACUACGCACCACAACUCGCUGAACCGUGAACUGUUUAUGCGUGUUGCACCAGAGCUGUACCUCAAGAUGCUCAUUGUCGGCGGCUUCAACAAGGUCUUUGAGCUUGGCAAGAACUUCAGGAAUGAGGGAGUUGACUUGACCCACAAUCCAGAGUUUACCAGCGUUGAGUUCUAUGCUGCUUACUUUGAUGUCUACGAUGUGAUGGCCAUUACGGAAGAGCUUGUGUCUGGCCUCGUGAAACACCUGACUGGCUCAUUCAUUACCAAGUUUGUCACACAGCAUGGCGAGGAAUACGAGGUCAACUGGGAGGCACCAUGGAAGCGUAUUGACAUGAUUCCCGAGCUUGAGCGCAUUACUGGCAAGACGUUCCCGCCUGGUGACGAGCUUCACACGGACGGGACCAACCAGUUCCUCAAGGACCUUCUCAAGGAGAAGAACUUGGAAUGCCCACCGCCUCUGACCAACGCUCGUAUGCUCGACACUCUCUGCGGUGAAUAUCUCGAGACCCAGUGCAUUUCUCCGGGCUUUAUCUUGAACCACCCCCAGAUGAUGUCCCCCUUGGCCAAGUACCAUAGAGACCGUAAGGGUCUGUGUGAGCGUUUCGAGGCAUUUGUUUGCAGGAAGGAAAUUGCCAACGCCUACACUGAGCGCAUGCGUUUCGAAGAGCAGGCUCGCCAGAAGGCGCAGGGCGAUGAUGAGGCCCAGCUUGUGGAUGAGAAUUUCUUGCGCUCCCUGGAGUAUGGUCUGCCUCCGACCGGUGGCUGGGGUCUUGGUAUUGACCGUCUUGCCAUGUUCAUGACAAACAACUACGCUAUCCGGGAGGUAAUCUCGUUCCCGAUGCUCAAGGAGGAUAAGGUUGUGUCGACGGAGAAGUUUGCCGCCGAGGAGGUCAAUGUGCAUCCCAUGCCCGAGGAAGGCAUUGCUCACAAGUAG